UACAGUUUUCCACCUGUGGCUGCUUACGUCACCACUGUCAGACAGAGCCGCAGAGUCUACCAGCGCUCGCUACCGCCCUCCUCAAGAAUCUCAAGACCAGGGAAGAAAACAUGGUCAACCUCCGAUCCCAAAAACGGCUCGCCGCCUCCGUCGCAGGCGUCGGCAAACGCAAAAUCUGGCUCGACCCCGCCGAGCAAAGUGAAAUCGGCAAUGCCAACUCCCGCACGCACGUCAAAAAGCUCAUCAAGGAGGGCCAGAUUAUCAUCAAGCCUACUACUGUGCACUCGCGUGCACGGACCCGGGAGCUUCUCGCUGCGAAGCGAAAGGGCCGGCAUACGGGUCCUGGUAAGAGGAAGGGUACUGCUGAGGCUAGGAUGCCAACGAAGGUGCUGUGGAUGAGGAGGCAGAGAGUAUUGAGGCGGCUAUUGAGGAAGUACAGAGAGGCUGGAAAGAUUGAUAAGCACUUGUACCACUCGUUGUACCAGAAGUCGAAGGGUAACGUCUUCAAGAACAAGCGUGUCCUUAUGGAAUACAUCCACAAGGCCAAGGCUGAGAAGACCCGUACAAAGGUCCUUUCAGACCAGAUGGAGGCUCGCCGUGUCAAGAACAAGGCCGCCCGGGAACGUCGUGCUGCCCGUGUUUUGGAGAAACGACAGGGUAUUCUUGCUGUCGAGAACGAAGCUGCCGUCCAGGAGUAAAUCUCAGAUCGUACCUACUACCUCUGCAUUCUGAUUUGUAUGGUUACGCCGCUAUGCCCACAAUGCAAACACCCCCAUGCCUGCCCCAAGUUCUCCUAUCAGGACCUCAUCGAAAGUGGAAAUAUGCAUACCUACCAUGCAAAGGUUGUCAGUACUCCUGAUCGUAUUGAAAGUCACCUGGUAAUUGAAUUUCUUGCUGGGGGAGAUCUAUCAUUAUUUUGGUAGAUCUCUUCUCUAGUGGAGAUGUCCAUUGACUCUGUUCUGAGAUGAUGUGGGGUUAUAUUCACGACUAAGGUGCCUGUUCCAUGCGGGUUAUGUCGGUA